GCCACGAUUCCCUCCGGGCUUCCUGUUUUGUGGCCUGCACAGCUCAGCGGCAGCACCGCAGGGGCCCAGGUCCCCGGGUCGCCCUUACCUGGAGCCACCAGACCUCGAAGGUCUGGGAGGUGGCCCAGGCCCGCCAGAGUCCUCCCUGGACGGCCACACUGGCCGCACCGGCCACGCUGCCAGGACUCGCAGUAGGAGCUCCGGGGACCAGAUGGCACCCCUUCCUGGUAGGGGGUGCCCUGAAAUGGGGUCCCCGGGCGCGGAGGGGGCAUUCGGGCACCACCGGAAGGCUUUGCCAAGCGGUGGCCUCCCGCCGCCUGGCCCUCGCCAUGCUGACCCCGCGGGCGCCCCCUCCCCGCUCGGCCCUGUUGCUCCUUCUGCUGCUCCUGGGGGGCACCCACGGCCUCUUCCCCGAGGAACCGCCGCCGCUCAGCGUGGCCCCCAAGGACUACCUGAAAUUCUACCCCGUGUUCGUGGGCGGAGGCCCUGGGCGCCCGGGCCCCGCAGAGGCCACCGAGGACCUCCACAUCCAGCGGGUGCUGCGGGUCAACAGGACGCUCUUCAUCGGGGACAGGGAUAAUCUGUACAGAGUGGAGCUGGAGCCCCCCACGGCCACGGAGCUGCGGUACCAGCGGAAGCUGACCUGGCGCUCUAACCCCAGCGACAUAGACGUGUGUCGCAUGAAGGGCAAACAGGAGGGUGAGUGUCGGAACUUCGUGAAGGUCCUGCUGCUCCGAGAUGAGUCCACGCUGUUCGUGUGUGGUUCCAACGCCUUCAACCCGGUGUGCGCCAAUUACAGCAUGGACACACUGCAGCCUGUCGGGGACAACAUUAGCGGCAUGGCUCGCUGCCCGUACGACCCCAAACAUGCCAACGUGGCCCUUUUCUCCGAUGGGAUGCUCUUCACAGCCACCGUGACGGACUUCCUGGCCAUUGACGCUGUCAUUUACCGCAGCCUUGGGGACCGUCCCACACUGCGCACCGUAAAGCACGACUCCAAGUGGUUCAAAGAGCCCUACUUUGUCCACGCCGUGCAGUGGCGCAGCCACGUCUAUUUCUUCUUCCGGGAGAUCGCGAUGGAGUUUAACUACCUGGAGAAGGUGGUGGUGUCCCGCGUGGCCCGGGUGUGUAAGAACGACCUGGGCGGCUCCCCGCGAGUGCUGGAGAAGCAGUGGACGUCCUUCUUGAAGGCCCGCCUCAACUGCUCAGUGCCUGGUGACUCCCACUUCUACUUCAACGUGCUGCAGGCCGUCACCGGCGUGGUCAGCCUGGGUGGCCGGCCUGUCAUCCUGGCUGUCUUCUCUACGCCCAGCAACAGCAUCCCCGGCUCGGCCGUGUGCGCCUUUGACAUGAGGCAGGUGGCCGCUGUGUUCGAAGGUCGCUUCCGUGAGCAGAAGUCACCCGAGUCCAUCUGGACCCCGGUGCCGGAGGAUCAGGUGCCGCGGCCCCGGCCGGGGUGCUGCGCGACCCCGGGCUCCCAGUACAACGCGUCCAGCGCCCUGCCCGACGAGAUCCUCAACUUCAUCAAGACGCACCCGCUGAUGGACGAGGCGGUGCCCUCGCUGGGCCACGCGCCCUGGAUAGUGCGCACGCUCAUGCGGCACCAGCUCACCCGAGUGGCCGUGGACGUGGGCGCUGGCCCCUGGGGCAACCAGACCGUGGUCUUCCUGGGCUCCGAGAUGGGCACGGUCCUCAAGUUCCUCGUCUGGCCCAACGCCAGUGUCGCGGGCACCACUGGACCCAGUGUCUUCCUAGAGGAGUUUGAGACCUACCGACCGGACAGGUGCGGACGACCUGGCGGCAGUGGCAGCGGCGCUGGUGAGACAGGGCAGCGGUUGCUGAGCCUGGAGCUGGACGCGGCCUCGGGUGGCCUAUUGGCGGCCUUCCCCCGCUGCGUGGUCCGUGUGCCUGUGGCCCGCUGCCAGCAGUACUCAGGAUGCAUGAAAAACUGCAUCGGCAGCCAAGACCCCUAUUGCGGCUGGGCCCCCGACGGUUCCUGCAUCUUCCUCAGCCCGGGCACCAGAGCCGCCUUUGAGCAGGACGUGUCCGGCGCCAGCACCUCAGGCUUAGGGGACUGCACAGGCCUCCUGCGCGCCAGCCUCUCGGAGGAGCGCGCCGGGCUGGUGUCGGUGAACCUGCUGGUGACCUCGUCGGUGGCGGCCUUCGUGGUGGGCGCCGUGGUGUCCGGCUUCAGCGUGGGCUGGUUCGUGGGCCUGCGCGAGCGGCGGGAGCUGGCGCGGCGCAGGGACAAGGAGGCCAUCCUGGCGCACGGCGGCGGCGAGGCGGUGCUGAGCGUGAGCCGCCUGGGCGAGCGGCGGGGCGCGGGGCCGGGGGGCCGCGGGGGGGGCCUGGGCGGGGCCGGGGUGCCCCCCGAGGCGCUGCUGGCGCCCCUCAUGCAGAACGGCUGGACCAAGGCCACGCUGCUGCAGGGCGGCCCGCACGACCUGGACUCGGGGCUGCUGCCCACGCCCGAGCAGACCCCGCUGCCGCAGAAGCGCCUGCCCGCGCCGCACGCGCAGGGCGGGGUGCACGGCCCGGGGCCCCGCGCCUGGGAGCCGCACGGCCACCCCGCGCUGCUGGCCGCGUCCGCCUCGUCCUCGCUGCUGCUGCUGGCGCCGGCCCGCGCCCCCGAGCAGCCGGCCCUGCCCGGCGACGGGCUCCCCGACGGCCGCCUGUGCGCGCCCCGGCCCGCGCGCGCCUCGCACGGCGGCGACUUCCCGCUCACCCCGCACCCCAGCCCGGACCGCCGGCGCGUGGUGUCCGCGCCCACCGCGCCCUCCGAGCCGGGCCCCGCCGGCGACGGCCCGCCGCGGCCCUGGAGCCCGCCGGCCCCCGGCACGGGCAGCCUGCGCAGGCCCGGCCCCCACGCGCCCCCCGCCGCCGCCGCCUCGCUGCGCCGCACGCACACGUUCAACAGCGGCGAGGCGCGGCCCGGGGACCGGCACCGCGUGCGCCCCGCGCGGCCCGGCUCGGACUCCGCCCACCUCCUCCCCUAUGGGGCGGGGGACAGGACUGCGCCCCCGGUGCCCUAGGCCGGGGCUCCGCGCCCCACUGCCUUGGCGGUGCCGGCCACGGGAACCAGGAGCUCCGCUGGGGGCUCGAGCCCCCACCCCGGCCUUUCGGGGACCCCCCUCGGCCACACGGAAGCACAAGAGCGCGCACCCCGCGGCGGCGGCAGGCAGCUGGGGUGCAGGACUCUGAGACCGCCGGGUCGGGCGGGCGUCCGGAGGGACCUGCUGUGAAUUCGGGGUUGACCUUCUGCGUAGACGUUUUUUUUUUGUUUCUUUUGCAGUUUUUCUAAGGAAUUGCACAACGCCCUCUUCGGGGUGGUGGCUGAGGGGGUGGCUCUGGCCUGGGACGGGGAGUAGGGGGGCGCAGCUGCAGACCCAAGGCCCUCUAGCUCCCCCGAAAGGUCCGUCCCCCGGCCGGCCCCCGGCGUGUGUGGGUGUAUGCGCGUGUGCAUGCCGUGUCCGUGUGCAAGCGCCGGGGAGGCAGGUACGUGUGUGCGCACAGGGCCACCCGUGCUGUGCGUGUGUCUUAGGCGUGAGUGUGGGGACCCCAGCGGCCCUGGGGUCGGCCGAGCCAAUGCUGGGGCUUCCGAGGUGGCCGGUCAGGAGUUUGGGCCCCGCUUCUGCGAGGGGAGCACGGACGGCCGGGUCCAGGCGAGGAGAUGGGGGAGUACGUCCACGGGUCACGUGGGCAGCAAGCAGGUCCUGAAGGGCUCGGGGGGUCUGGGGGCGGUGGACACAGACAGGGCCCCUGUAAAUAUGGCCCAGGGGUGGUCAGAGCAUCCCAGGCCACCCGACCCCGUGUGACCUCCCCCGACCUCCAGCUGACUGUGCAUGCCACGUGGCCACUGAGGCUCGGACCUCCCUGGAGUUCACCUCCCCCGGCCCCUCCCCAUCAAUAAACUCUGUUUACAACCACCGGC